GGCGAACCACUCCAUUUUUCCAUUGAUUUUUAUGCAAACCAAACUCCUACUUAAACUCCUCAGUUCAAAGACAGUAUCAAUCCACAAACUCUCAAGUUAUAUCCAAUGGCUCAGACCGUUCCACCAUCUCGAACGAAGCCGCUAACAGUUUUCAAGAUGGGUUUAGCCUCAGCAAGCUUCCGUUUGGUUAGCCUCGCUUCUCAUUCGAAGAGGAAGCUUCGUCGUUGCCGUUGGGUUGCCUGUUAUGGCUCUAGAGAUUAUGAACCUGUUAUACAUCUCCAAAACGACAUGACGAUGAUGAACAAUGGUGAUGUUUAUGAUCCAUACAGCGGCGACCCGAGCAUGUUGCCUAGUGGGGAUCAGAGACGAGGUCCGUUGUGGCAGAAGAACAUUCUCAUGGGAGGAAAAUGCCAGCUUCCAGAUUUCUCAGGUGUUAUAUUGUAUGAUGCCGAUGGGCAAGUUGUUCCUCCGGCCAAGAACUCUCUUCCUUUGCUCACCUGGAAGUAAAAGAAGAAAGAAGAUGUAUCCCUAACGAAGGCUGAAACUCCUUAUUAUAAUCCGGUUUACCAUUUGUUUGAUUGAUCUUUUUCUUGGAAUAUAAUAUAUGGUAUUGUUCAAU